CUUUUUUUUUUUUUUUUUUUUUUUUCCCUCUCAUUCCCUUCCCUUCUGGAUGCAGAGCCUGUGUUUUGAUGCAGAGCCUGUGGAUGCCACAGCCCGGUAAGGAGAUGACACGCCAGUCCCUGGUCCCCCGUGCCCCGUGAGCCGGGGGCAGGGGCCUGGGGGCAGUGCCGGUUCCCCUCGCUGGGCAGAGCGGGGGGGUCUCUCCCUGUCCCCGAGCAGCAGCAGCAGCGGCCAUGGACAAGCUGCCCCCCUCCAUGCGCAAGAGGCUCUACAGCCUGCCCCAGCAGAUCGGACCCAAGGCGUCGAUCAUGGACGAGGAGGAUGACAGCGACAAGGACACCCGCAGGAAAAGCAUCAGGCUCAAGCCACUGCCUUCGCCCUCUGCUGGGAGCACCCGGGCCCUCGGGGGGGACCCCGGCCGAGGGGGAGACCCCGGCCUGCUGGAGACGGAGGCCGGCGGCAAGGGCGCCAAGACCAGCACCAACGGGGACUGCCGCCGCUUCAAAGGGAGCCUGUCCUCGCUCACCAGCAGGCACCUCCACGACGCGGCCGAGGAGAAGCGGCUCAUCGGCGGCGAGGGGGAGCCGGCCUCUCCCGGGGAGGACAAGAGCCCCCCCGGCAGCGGGGAGCUGGAGCAGGGGCUGCCUGGGCCCCUACCGCCCGCCUCGCCCCCGGAGCCCCAGCAGCCGCCCCCCCGGGCCUGCUCCUCGACCUCCAUCAAAGUGGAGGGAGGUGGAGGGUGCGACCAGAUCACCCCAGAUGAGGAGCAGAGGCUCGGCCAGGCCGGUUUCAUGCAGAGGCAGUUCGGGGCCAUGCUCCAGCCGGGGGUCAACAAAUUCUCCUUGAGGAUGUUUGGCAGCCAGAAGGCCGUGGAGAGGGAGCAGGAAAGAGUUAAGUCUGCCGGGUUCUGGAUCAUCCAUCCCUACAGCGACUUCAGGUUUUACUGGGAUCUCACCAUGCUGCUGCUGAUGGUAGGGAACCUGAUCAUCAUCCCUGUGGGCAUCACUUUCUUCAAGGAUGAAAACACCACCCCGUGGAUUGUCUUCAACGUGGUUUCGGACACGUUCUUCCUCAUCGACCUCGUCCUCAACUUCCGGACAGGCAUCGUGGUGGAGGACAACACCGAGAUCAUCCUGGACCCGCAGAGGAUCAAGAUGAAGUACCUGAAGAGCUGGUUUGUGGUGGAUUUUAUCUCCUCCAUCCCCGUGGACUACAUCUUCCUGAUCGUGGAGACGCGCAUCGACUCCGAGGUGUACAAGACGGCGCGGGCGCUGCGCAUCGUGCGCUUCACCAAGAUCCUGAGCCUGCUGCGCCUGCUGCGCCUCUCGCGCCUCAUCCGCUACAUCCACCAGUGGGAGGAGAUCUUCCACAUGACCUACGACCUGGCCAGCGCCGUGGUGCGGAUCGUCAAUCUGAUCGGGAUGAUGCUGCUGCUGUGCCACUGGGACGGCUGCCUGCAGUUCCUGGUGCCCAUGCUGCAGGACUUCCCCGACGACUGCUGGGUGUCCCUCAACCGCAUGGUGAACGACUCCUGGGGGAAGCAGUACUCCUAUGCCCUGUUCAAGGCCAUGAGCCACAUGCUGUGCAUCGGCUACGGGCAGCAGGCGCCGGUGGGGAUGUCGGACGUGUGGCUCACCAUGCUCAGCAUGAUCGUGGGGGCCACCUGCUACGCCAUGUUCAUCGGCCACGCCACCGCCCUCAUCCAGUCCCUGGACUCGUCCCGCCGCCAGUACCAGGAGAAGUACAAACAGGUGGAGCAGUACAUGUCCUUCCACAAGCUGCCCGCUGACAUGCGGCAGCGCAUCCACGACUACUACGAGCACCGCUACCAGGGCAAGAUGUUCGAUGAGGAGAGCAUCCUGGGGGAGCUGAGCGAGCCCCUGCGGGAGGAGAUCAUCAACUUCAACUGCCGCAAGCUGGUGGCCUCCAUGCCCCUGUUUGCCAACGCAGACCCCAACUUUGUGACGUCCAUGCUGACCAAGCUGAAGUUUGAGGUGUUCCAGCCCGGGGACUACAUCAUCCGGGAGGGCACCAUCGGCAAGAAGAUGUACUUCAUCCAGCACGGCGUGGUCAGCGUCCUCACCAAGGGCAACAAGGAGACCAAGCUGGCUGAUGGCUCCUACUUUGGAGAGAUCUGCCUGCUGACGCGUGGCCGGCGCACAGCCAGCGUGCGUGCCGACACCUACUGCCGCCUGUACUCGCUGUCCGUGGACAACUUCAACGAGGUUCUGGAGGAGUACCCCAUGAUGAGGAGAGCCUUCGAGACUGUGGCUCUGGACAGGCUGGACAGGAUUGGCAAGAAGAACUCCAUCCUGCUCCACAAAGUGCAGCACGACCUCAACUCGGGGGUGUUCAACUACCAGGAGAACGAGAUCAUCCAGCAGAUCGUGCAGCACGACCGGGAGAUGGCUCACUGUGCCCACAACGUGCAGGCGGCCGCGGCCGCCGCCUCCACGCCCACGCCGGUGAUCUGGACGCCGCUGAUCCAGGCCCCGCUGCAGGCGGCCGCCGCCACCACCUCGGUGGCCAUCGCCCUCACGCACCACCCGCGCCUGCCCACGGCCAUCUUCCGCCCGCCCGUGUCCGUGCUGGGCUCGCUGGGCCAGCAGCCCAACCAGACCCCCAGGCAGCUGAAGAGGUUCCAGUCGCUCGUCCCGUCCGCCGGCCCCUCGGCCGUGGGCUCCCCGUCCAGCACGCCCUCACAGCUGCACACGCCGGGCGCCGAGACGCCCUCGUCCUCCUCCUUCCACAUCCAGCAGCUCGCCGGCUUCUCGGCCGCCGCCGGCCUGGGCCAGUUCCAGGUGGGGUCCCCUCCGGGGGGCUCCGGCCAGCCGGGGCUCGGCAGCGCCUCCUCGGUGGGGCUGAGCCAGUUCCAGAGUGCACCCUCGGGGUCACCCUUAGGCGCGGCUCAGCCCCCGCAGCAGCAGCAGCAGCAGCCGGCCCUGUCCAGCAGUGGGUUUGGGCACUUCCAGCAAGCCACAGCCAGCUCCCCGUCGACAUCGCUCACGCAGCUCUCAUCAAACUCUCCCCCCAGUCUCCUGAACCAGUUCCAGCCCACCACGAGACCACUGCAGGGGGGACAGUCGCAGCAGCAGCAGCAGCAGCAGCAGCUCUCGGGCAGUGGGACCCUGGGGGGAUUGAACCAGUUCCAAGCCCCUCCUUCUUCCAACUCUCCAUCCUCCAGCCUAAGCCAGCUGGCGCAGGCCUCGGGCGGGCCGUCCGCGGGGCUGUGCCAAACACAUCCAAGUGCUUUAGGAUCUGUGACUGGAACGAUAGCCCAGCUCCACCAGGAGCGGCCUCCCUUCGCCCCCGCGGCCCCGCUGCAGCAGCCCGGCAUCGCCUCUCCCUGUUACACCCCUUCUGGCCUUAGUCCUCCCAGCCAGAGCCCGGUGGCCACCAGAACUUUCCAGAGCGGCGCCGCGGGGCCCUCGGGCUCGCACGGCUCGCUGCUGCUGCCGCAGCCCGCCAGCCCCCCGGCCCAGGCGCUGCCGCCGCGCCUCAACCAGGACAUCAAGCUGAUCUCGGCAUCCCAGCCCUCCCUGCCCCAGGAGCUGGCUCAGACGCUGGGCCGCCACAGCUCUCCUCAUUCCUCUAGAGAAUCUGUUUCCAGCUUCUCCCCUUUCCCCGGCGGUGGCGGCGGGAGCGGACUCCUGGGCAAGCCUUGCAGCUCGGUCCCCGGGCGGGUGACGCUGCCACGCCAGAUGUCCUCAGGUUCUCUGCCACACCCGCUGGCCUUGGCCGCCGGCGGGCGCAAAGAGUCCAUAGUGCUCACGGGGGAUCUGGAGCCCGUCAGGUCCAAACUGCCCUCCAAUUUGUGAGGACUCCUGCAGGAGCUGCCUGUGCCAGCUCUGCCCUUCAGUUCCUGAUGAGUUCACCGAGCGAUUUUUUCCUUUCCUUCCCUUUCUGCGCCACUCCUGCUUUGUUUUCUUUUGUUUCCCCUCAAUUUCUUUUGUUUAGGUUUAACUGUGCUUAGAAACAAAGAAAAAAAAACACAUGAAAAACAACGGGAAAAAAAAAAGAAGAUAACCAGGUAUUCUUAGAGCUAUAGAUUUUUGGUCACUUGAUUUUAUAGAAUAUUUUAAUACACAGGACAAAAAGGAUACGAGCAAAUUUAAUCCAACGAGGUAACGCACAGCCGGGGCGUGUGCCUGAGCUGGAACACGUGAAUGAGCAGCCAUAGAAGCCACCAAAAAGGUUUUCCUGUUGAGACAAAGACCCGAGGUUGAUGUGGGCCACAGAAGGGGCUGUGGGGUCAGGCCUGUAGCUGGUGUUUGUAGAGCAGCCCUGGUUGGCCUCAGCUUUGCCCCAGCUGUGACCCUGGGGCUGGGGACAUGGCUGGCCCAGCACACACCACAGGUGUCCCUCUCUCCCUGCCAGGUGUCCCUCCCUGUCCUCAGCAGUAACAGAGGAGCUGGGAAGGGGUGAGUUCACUCUUGUACACCCCUCGAGGGAUUUCCCAGGGGCUGAGGUUUGAGUUGGACUCCAGCUGAGGAAGAUGAAGGUGACCAGGAGAUGGGCAGGCCUCGCUGCAGAUUGUCCCUUUCUUACUCCACUGAUGCUGCAGUGGGAACAAGGAGCAAUCCCCUGUAAGGCACAGGGAGGGCAGGGAUGAUCCCUCUGUGCUUUGGCAUGUGGGCACCCCAGGCAGAAGGCCCCAAGCUUCAGCCUCUCCGUGGUGUGUGCAAACAGGAGGGAUGGAGGAAGAGGCAGUGCUUUAACGUCCCCUCUGUCACUUCAGUGUCUCAGUGUCCCUGGGUGACUGCUCUGAGGAGAACUAGAAAGGAUUGAGCAGUGGGGUGCAGUCCCCAGCCCUCCUCCUCCUCCUUAGCCCGGGGCAGUGGGAGGCACCAGGACAGUUCCAAGAUUUACAAUUCAGUUUUUACCAUUAAAACCAGAUCAGCCCAGAAAUUUGGUCAGCCAUGGUCUGUGCUUGUCCCCUGCUGGGGGAACUGAAAUCUUUGUUUGAUUUCACCAGCAAUAAGAGCCUGCACCUGGUGGGCUUCCCCUGACACCCUGCAGCGUCCCCUGGGGCACUGGGGCUGGGCUUUGGGGACACUCCCAGUGGGGCGGGGACAGAGCGGGGCCAGCAGCACUGAGAAGCCACAGCCUUUACCUCCAGGGCACACAUCUCCUCUUGUGUCACUUGGUCCUCCCUCUCUCUCUGUUUGGGGUUUCCUUAGGCCGAGGGGUGUCUGUGGCCACCUCACUGUCCGAGUCAGGUGCUCAACUUUUCUAACACUCCUUAGAGACACAUCCAGCCUCCCUCUGUGCCCAGCCCUCAAGGGGACAGAGACUCCAUGCAGCAGUGCCAAAAACUUCCCCACCGCCAUUUCCCAGCCCCCGGAGCUCCCUGUCCCUGCCCCAGCCCUGGCUGAUGGUUGUUUUUAUACCGACCCGUCUGCAGAACUCUCUGCCACGUGCCUGCACCUUGAAUGUUGCAUUCCUGGGCACUCCUGCUUCACCCUGCUUUGGUGGCUCUGAAUUCAGAUGUGAUCAGCUUUGGUCUUCCUUAAAAAGGGUCAGGGGAACUCUGGAAAUGCUUUUUCUACUGGCUCCAUCCAGCUCUGUCUGUGUGAGUGUGGUGGGAGGGUGAGUGUGUGUGUGUGUGUGUGUUUGUAUAGAUUUUAUAGAUGUAUCUAUAUCUACACACCUGCUUUUCUAUCUGUAGGGUAGUCACACACAUCUGUAGUCUAUUUAUGCACAUGUGUCAGCACACACACACACACAUAUUUAUAUAUAUAUAUGUAUAUCCUAGUUUUAAAUGAAAAUACGUGUCAGUUCUGACCCUCCUGCAGGGCUGAUUGGCAGGUGACAAUUAUAACCUCUAGAUCCUGCUUUUCCAAAUAUGUACAGGUUCAUCUUGAAACAGGAGUUGAAGCAGACUCACAGACCCUCUCAUGUUUUCAGAGGUAGAAGGAAGACUCACAAUAUCCUUUACAGUUUUUUGGGUUUUUAGCAAACCUUUCCCCUGUGUGCCAGAGGCCAAGCACCUGCAGGGUUUGGGGUGGGCUGGGCAGGCAGGGGGGAAGGGUCUGCAGCCCUCCUGGGCUCCUGUGCCAUGGCUGCUGCUGCACUGGCCCUGAGUCCUGGGCACCCUGGGGACCCUCAGGGGACAGCCAGGGCUGGCACUGCCCGGCCAUGCCCCCUCCUCACUGCAGGACACCCUCCUUGGCUUUGCUUCCCUCUUUGGGGAAUCUCUUUGGGUUUCCAGCUCUCAGCACUGCAGUAGCCAACUUUGAGUUAUUCUGACUGGACCCCAGUCAACUAGGCUUGUCUCAGUAGGUGGAACUAUAUUUAUUACUACUAU